AUGAUGAAAGAACCAUUGACUGAAGAUUCGGAUGCUGCACCAACACUUUCUAGCAGCGUUGGGCGACAGACAAAAACAGCUCUAUGUACAUGUAAAAUUUGUGGAGCAUCUGCACGAUAUUCUUAUUAUGGUGCUGUUGUAUGUCAUUCAUGCAAAAUGUUUUUUAAACGAAAUGCUGAAAAUCGAAAGUCGGCAUUAAAAUGUUUGUCUGGUAAUAAAUGUGAUAUUACCAUGAGUAAUCGUCAAACAUGUGCUUCGUGUCGACUCGCAAAAUGUUUCAUAAACGGAAUGUGUAUUGAAAUGAUUCGAUCAUCUCGUUGCAAAAAAAAUAAGAGAAAUGAAAAAAGAAAGUUGAUUAUUCAUUCAAUACCAUUAACGUCAACAACAUUAAUAACACCGAACAAGAAGUAUCCAUUUGAUCAAAUUCCAACAUUAAAUCUCUUAAAAUUGGAUCAAUCAACAUUAAGUACUGAUCAAUGGAAUCUAGUAUCAAAUUUAGUUCAUUGUUUCGAUGAAAAUAGUGGAUAUGCAUUUGUCGAACGUUUUAUAGAAGAGCAAAAUCGAUUACCACUGAAAUUACGAUUCAAAUAUUCAUCAGUUAAUCAUUUUAUUACAUCAAUGAUGGGUAAAGUUCAACUUGUAUUUGAGAGAAAUCGUGAUUUUCUCUCAUUAUCUCAACAUGAUCGUACAAUUUUACUUGAAAGUACAGUAGAAUAUACGGCAACUAUUGGUGGAAUGUUUCUUUUACGUCAAGCAAGAUUAUUAGAUGAUUUGGCUUUCUUUCAAUCUGCUGAAAUGAUAUUUCCACCAUCUGCAAUGAUUUUUGCUAAACGUAUUAUUGAUCAAUUUGAUUCUGAUGAUACAUUUAUUAAAUUAAUAUUUGCAAUUCUUGCUUUCUCAACAAUCAACUAUACUGUGUAUAGAAAAAAUACUCAGACUAAUUUGACAAAUAUCAAAGCAAUUUUACCUAUUCAAGAUAUGUAUACAGAUUUAGCAUGGCGAUAUCUUUUACAUAAGUAUGGUCAUAAUCAAGCUGUGAUACGUUUUUCAAAUCUUUUAAGAUGUCUUUUUUCUGUAAGUGAGGCAAUCAUCGAAGCACGUGGAGCACAGCAAUUUACAGAUAUAAUUGAUUAUGUUGUUGAACAAACUGCAGAAGCACUUAUUGAUUAG